GAGUAUCCUGUGGUUUGGGGUGAUUGUCUCCUCCACACAAAAGCCCGGCUGGAUAAUCGUACCCACCGGCGGGCUGCACUGACGUACUCACCACCCAACCCUCCGGUGCACGGGGCUGGAAAGGUCAGAGGAAGACGUCCGAAACUGGUCCGAUCGGUAGAAUUAUCCGGCUUUAUUCCAGCUGGCGCAGGGUUAUGGCGAUGUUUUGCUAGUUGAAACUCCGCACGCAUACAGUUUCGUGUGAGAGUGCGUACAGCCGCGUAACAUGGAUGUAUUAUUCAGUACGUCGUAAAGGAUCCUACUGCCAAGCUCCUCGGGAAAGUGACUUGUACAUUUUAGAGGGAGGACUGUACAAAGGAACUGGUUACGGGAAGGAAGAAAUUUCUAUCUUCUGCAGGACUGCAUACAAACACGGGAACACCGAACAGAGCACGGUGAACAGGUCAGACGGCCGGUGAGUCACCACAGUCGCCGCGGGACAUACAAGUCCAGCUCCCGUCACACACCGGCAACCAAGGCCGACAUGCAACAACAAGGAAGCUGAUCGGGUAGACAGGCCACGACUUCGUCUUACAACGUCAAGAAACCACCUGGCUACUGAUUCACAGGACUACUCAUUUGUAUCAUACAGGUUUGACUGGACCGGCAGAGAUGGUGCUUCAGAGGACCGGUGACGUGACGUCGUCGUCCUGCCGCUGUCUGGACUCGUGGCAGUGGUCUCCUGACCUGGUGGUGCCGGGCUCCACCCAGCCGUACGUGCGGGUCUCACUGCAGCCUACCGCCGACGAGUACAAGACGGUAGAGUCCAUGUUCAUGGCCUCCAUGGCCUCGGAGGGGGCCGUGAUGCAGAGAAUCGAAAAGGUGGAGAACCCGAAUCUCCUAGCCAGAUAUCAAAGUAAAAAGGCCGCCCUGUCAGAACGCUUGUCGCCUGAAUGUAUCAACGAGGUGCAGGCGUUCCACGGCACGACGCCGGACUGUGUGGACGGCAUCUGUAAGUCCAGCGUCAUCCCGUACGGGAAGGGCGCGUACUUCGCCUGGACAGCCAUCAGGAGCCACUGUUACACCGAGGAAGACGCAGAUGGGCUCAGGUACAUGAUCCUGUCACACGUCAUGUUGGGGUACUGGACGGUGGGUGAACCCAGGCCGCUCAAGCCGGGCCUUCCCGUCAUCCUGCGGGGCCACCAUCUCACACACGGCGACUCCGCCAUAGACCAGGCACACAACCCGCACGUGUUCGUCACGUGGGACCAGUACCAGUCCUACCCUUCAUACGUCAUCGUCUACAGAGCUCCAGACUGCAUACACAGGCAGUUGUCUGUUCAACAAGAGGUGAUGCAGGCCAUGAAGAAGUGGGACAAAGACGCCAAGAAAAGAGCUCGGCACAGUCGGAGGAGAAAAGACACAGCUUCCUGCGCAAUCAUGUAGUUUGAUAAUCGCACUGCCGGCAUACAGUCACAUGCUAGCCUAGAUGCCAGACCUUUGCUUUAGUAUACGCUCUCUUAGUCACUUCCUUGCCAACAAAGACUUGCCCUGCACAUAUUUUACCCGUCUGGCAUUUGGAUGUUCUUUAGGAAUUUGAACAGGCGCGCUGAUUGGUCAAAAGUGAGCGGCGAUAUCAAAUGGGGCCAUCCAAUCAACAGAGGCCCAGCGCAUAUGCAGUUAAACUAGCCAUUGCCUUAUGUCAUCCGUGGAUAGAAUAUAUGAGGGCCCAGUCUUUUGGGCAUGCAGAAAAGCCACUA